AUGGGGAAGGUUGCAGCACUACCAAUAGUUGGGAUGGUGUUGGCUGAGAGUGCACAAGCUGGGCUAAUUAUAGUGAGCAAAGUAGCCAUGUCUAAUGGCAUGAGCAACCUCAUCUUUCUCUGCUACUCAAACGCUCUUGCAGCCCUUAUCCUCCUCCCAAUUUCCUUAGCCUUCCACAGAUCCGAGCGUCCUCCUCUCACUUUCUCUACCCUCUGUUGGUUCUUCUUGCUUGGUCUAAUUGGAUUCAUGGCGCAGUUUUUUGGGUAUGCUGGGAUUAAUUUGAGCUCUCCUACUCUGAGCACGGCUAUGCUCAACCUCAUUCCAGCUUUUACCUUUAUACUGGCAGUCAUCUUUAGAAUGGAAAGAAUUGAUGGGAGAAGCUCCAGUAGCCUUGCUAAAACCUUGGGAACAAUAGUUUCAAUUUCAGGGGCUUUCAUUGUUACUCUUUACAAGGGCCCCCCACUUCUGAUGACAUCCUCAACUGAUAUAUUGUCUCAUAACCAACUUUUCUCGGAACAGUCAAACUGGGUCCUUGGAGGAGUGUGCAUUGCGCUUAAUUGUGUGUUGGCCUCAUCUUGGCUUAUAGUACAGGCAUCAGUUCUAAAGAAAUACCCCGCAGAGCUGAUUAUGGUAUUUUAUUAUUGCUUCUUUGUGGCUAUUCAAUCUGUCGUAGUCUCUUUGACUGUAGAAAGAGACCUAAGUGCAUGGGAAUUGAAGCCUAAAAUCAGGUUGAUUGCUGUUCUAUACUCGGGAGUCUUUGGCUCAGCAUUCCAGGUUGGUGUAUCUACUUGGUGCCUUCACAGGACAGGGCCUGUUUUUGUAGCUAUGUUCAAGCCUUUGGGGAUUGUCAUUACAGUUUUCGUUGGUGUCACCUUCUUAGGAGAUACUUUCUACCUUGGAAGUUUGAUAGGAGCAAUUGUUAUUGUCAUUGGAUUUUAUUCUGUGAUGUGGGGAAAAUCAAAAGAAGAGAAGAUGGAUGAUGAUGCAGGGGCAAGGAGUGUGGCAUCAAGUAGACAACGGGUCCCUCUAUUGCAGAGCCAUAUUGAAGAAAUAUAG